AUGUCCAACGCUCUCCGCAACGCACUGCCGGCACUGCGUCGAGCGGCUGCCGCCACCACCACCACCUCCUCCUCUGGCGCACGUCUGGCUCCCGCCGUCACUGCUCAACCCUCCUCUUCUUCCACCGCCCGCUCGUACGCCACCACGCCCGACACGGCACCCGAGCAAUACAACAUGACCAAGUUCAGCCGGUUCAACUGGGAAGAUCCCAUGUCCAUGUUCGACACGCAGCUGUCCGAAGACGAAAAGGCCAUCUCUCAGACGGCGCACGAUUUCUGCCAGGAGAACCUGCAGCCCAAGGUGACGGAGAUGUACCGCAACGAGUCGUGGGACCCUACCAUCCUGCCUUCGCUCGGCGAGCUCGGUCUGCUGGGCAGUACGAUCCAGGGGUACGGGUGUGCGGGUGUGAACAGUGUCUCGUACGGCCUGAUCGCGCGCGAGGUGGAACGAGUCGAUUCCGGGUACCGCUCCAUCAUGUCUGUGCAGAGCUCGCUCGUCAUGGGGCCGAUCAACCAGUUUGGCACCGAGGCGCAGAAAGAGAAGUACCUCCCGCGUCUGGCCAAGGGCGAGCUUAUGGGCUGCUUCGGGCUCACCGAGCCGAACCACGGCUCGGAUCCGAGCAGCAUGGAGACCACCGCGACCGACACGGGCGAUGGUGAGAUCGUGCUCAACGGUAGCAAGACCUGGAUCUCCAAUUCGCCGCAUGCCGACGUGUUUGUCAUCUGGGCCAAGUGCAAGUGGGACAACCGCAUCCGCGGCUUUCUCGUCGAAAAGGGCACCAAGGGUCUCUCGGCUCCUGCCAUCAAGAACAAGCUCCAGUUGCGCGCUUCUGUGACCGGAAGCAUUUUCCUCGAAGACGUCCGCGUCAAGCGCGAUGAUUCGCUCCUCCCGCACGCCCGCCCUGGUCUCGGCUCGCCCUUCGAGUGCCUCAACUCGGCGCGCUAUGGCAUCUCGUGGGGCGCCAUGGGCGCGCUCGAAGCAUGCAUCGCCGAAGCCCGCCAGUACGCCCUGGACCGCUCUCAGUUCGGCCGUCCUAUCGCCGGGUUCCAGCUAAUCCAGCAGAAACUCGCUGACGCCUCCACCGAGGCCGCCCUAGGCUUGCUCUGCAGCCUCCAGCUCGGUCGCAUGAAGGACGAGGGCGCCUGGAGCCCAGAAAUGGUCAGCCUCGCCAAGAGGAACAACUGCAACAAGGCGUUGCAGCAGAGCAGGAGCCUGUUGGAUAUCUUUGGAGGCAACGCGACCAGUGACGAGUACCAUACGGGCAGGCACGUCCAGAACCUCCAGACCGUCAACACGUACGAGGGCAGUUACGGCAUUCACACACUCAUCUUGGGCAAGGGCAUUACGGGCAUUCAGGCUUUUGCCAAUUGA